GCAUGCUAAUUCCUAACAUUAAACUUCAAAAGAAGAGUGAGACACAAAGCCAAAACUUCAUUAAUUUAGCAUAAUGGAGGAAGUGGUGGAAAUGGAAAUAGUGAAAAAACAGAGUUCUCCAACCAUUUCAACUUCACCACUUCAACUUAAUCAUCAAAUACAUUCUCCUAAUAAUUCAAUGAGCUUUCCCAAAAGUCCUUUUGGUUCUCGUUUUAUGAACACUCCUUUAGCUAGUCCAAUGAAGAAAGCCAUUGAAAACAUCUUUGAAGAAGUUGGUCACUUCACCAAGUUUGAUCCACAAGAUGAUUGGCUUCCAAUCACUGCUUGUAGGAAAGGAAACGCUUACUAUGCUGCUUUUCAUUUGCUUUGUUCAGGAAUUGGAUUUCAAGCACUUGUUCUUCCCUUGGCCUUUACCAUUCUUGGCUGGAGUUUGGGAAUAAUAUGUCUGUGUGUGGCUUUCAUAUGGCAGCUAUACACAUUAUGGUUACUCAUUCAGCUUCACGAAUCGGACUCAGGUGUUCGUCAUAGCAGAUACCUCAAACUUGCUAUGGCAGCAUUUGGAGAAAAGCUAGGAAAAAUACUGGCACUCUUCCCUAUCCAGUAUUUAUCUGCUGGAACAUGUGUGACACUGAUUAUGAUUGGAGGUGGCACAAUGAAGAUUUUCUUUCACAUUAUGUGUGGAGAUUCAUGCAGUUUAUAUAAACUCAAAACCAUAGAGUGGUAUUUGGUAUUUACUGUGGCUGCCAUUUUGCUUGCUCAGCUUCCAAACCUUAAUUCAAUUGCAGGGGUUUCUCUGAUAGGAGCUAUCACAGCUGUUAGUUACUGUACUAUGAUAUGGAUUGUGUCUGUAUACCAGGGUAGGUUACCUAAUGUGUCCUAUGAACCACCAAGGGGACAAUCACAGGCUACAAGGAUUUUUAGUGUUUUGAAUGCACUUGGCAUUAUUGCCUUUGCUUUUAGAGGUCACAAUCUUGUACUAGAAAUACAGGGAACUAUUAGUUCAGAUUCUAAGAAUCCAUCACGAUUGGCAAUGUGGAAAGGGGUUAUGUUUGCUUAUCUAGUCAUUGCCUUUUGUUUGUUUCCCCUAGCCAUUGGAGGAUAUUGGGCCUAUGGAAAUUUAAUACCUUCCAAUGGAGGAAUGCUAAGUGCUUUACAGAAAUACCAUGAACAUGAUACAUCAAAGUUUAUCAUCGCUUUGACAAGCUUGCUGGUUGUGAUCAACAGCCUCAGUUCCUUCCAAAUUUAUGCAAUGCCUGUAUUUGACAAUCUAGAAUUCAGAUACACCAGCAAAUGGAACAAACCUUGCCCGAGGUGGCUGCGAAUAGCCUUCAGAGGUCUCUUCGGCUGCCUGGCGUUUUUCAUUUCUGUAGCUUUACCAUUCUUGCCAAGCUUAGCAGGCCUCAUUGGAGGUAUCGCUCUGCCAAUAACCUUAGCUUAUCCCUGUUUCAUGUGGAUAGUGAUUAAGAAACCAAAAAAGUGUAGCACAACUUGGUACCUAAACUGGACGCUCGGAGCAGUUGGGAUGAUUCUAAGUGUACUAGUUGUAACGGGAGCCAUUUGGAGCAUGGUAGCUAUAGGCAUCCCGAUCCACUUCUUCAAUCCAUAGUAGUAACAUUAAAUUAUACUAUUCUCUAUCAGUACCCUGUAAGUUUUAUUUUUCUUUCAAUUGUAAC